AUGGGAAAACAUCGACGUGAUGAGAAGGAUUUCCAUUUUGAUUAUUAUUUUUUCCGUUGUCUUGCAAAUGUUACAACAAUUCUUUUUCCACGUAUCGAAUGGGCUGUACUCUUUAUGUUUGCUACACUUCUUUUUGCUAUUGCUAGUGAAGUAUUAACGUUUUUGAUGGGUAUGGUACCAGGUCGAAUAUAUCAGGCAUUAGUAGAUAAAAGUAAAUCGGAAUUCUGGCAUAUUUUUAUCAUUGGCUCAAUUGCAUAUAUUGGCAAAUGUGUGUUAAUAGCAUUGAAAUCGUUCACAUCAUGGCAACUUUAUUUAAGUUGGCGUAAGAAUGCGGUAAUCAAACUUCAACAAUUCUAUUUUAAUAAUCAUACAUACUAUAAAAUCAAUAAUAUUGAUGAUUAUGGAAUCGAUAAUCCUGAUCAACGUAUCACACAAGAUACUGAAAGAAUGUGUAAUCAAUUAGCAAUUAAUAUAAUGCCUUCUAUACUAAUUGGGCCAUUUGUUAUUGCUUUUUAUACCUAUAAAACAUAUAUCACUACUGGCGGUUUGGGUAUUGGCAUUAUCUAUGGUUAUUUCGUCGUUGGCGUUAUUGUCAACAAAUUCCUUAUGUCACCGAUGGUCAAAUGGAAUGCUCGAGUACAAAAAACCGAAGGUGACUUUAGGUAA